GCGGCACACAGGACAGAGUGAACUCACCUGCCAACCGCGUAAUAUUGGAACUAUCGCUAUCAAUCGCCGACUUCACCCUUCGAUCACAACAGGAGGUAGUAGCCAAGCUGGACGCCGACAUGGUGGUCAACAAGAAACUGCUCCCCACUUUCGAGCUGGUCUUCAGCUCCGACCGCGCCUACUCGGCCGGCGAUAAGGUGGCCGGACGGGUCCGGCUGCAGACCGCCCAGCCGCUGAGGGUCACCGCCGUGCGGGUCGUCGCCCUGGGCUAUGCCCGGGCCCAGCUCGUCAAGGGCUCGCAGCCCCUGCGCCAACAGCAGGAGUACCUGCGUUACGAGGAGACCCUGCUGCCCGAUGGCGAGAACCGGACAACAGAUGUGGACGGAUCUAUGUUCCUGCAGCCUGGCAAAAUGUACGAGUACAGUUUCACCUUCCAGGUGCCUGAAGGGCCCUUGCCCCCCUCGUUCAAAGGCAAGUACGGUGGGGUCUGCUACCUCAUCACAGCAUAUGUUGAUCGGGAGAAGCAGCUACCCCUGGAAGUCACAAAGAACUUUGAUGUGGUCGAGCCCAUCGAUGUCAACACUCCAACCUUAUUGUGCCCGGUUGUCGGGUCCAAUAAGAAGAAAGUGACUUGUUUCUUCCUGUCUGAUGGUUACGUGUGCAUUGCUGCGAAGAUUGACCGGAAGGGGUACUGUCAAGGUGACCAGAUCUGCAUCAAUGCCCAGUUCCAGAACAAUUGCUCCCGCAUCGUAGUGCCCAAGGCAGCCAUUUUGGCCAAGCAGACCUACAAGGUGAGCGGCAACACCAAGGUCGUCAAGGAGAAGCUCAACAGCGUCCGGGGCAACCACAUCAUCUCAGGGAUGUCAGAGUCCUGGUGUGGCAAAUGCCUGGAGAUCCCUACCGUGAAACCGUCAAUCAGCUCUCAAAUCAUCCGCUUGGAGUACUCGCUCCUGGUUUACGUCCACAUUCCUGGCAGCAAGAAGCUGGUGCUGGAACUCCCUCUGGUCAUUGGCACCAUCCCAUACAAUGGCAUGAACAGCCGGACGUCCAGCACUGCCAGCAACUGCAGCAGUGUGAGCAGCAGCAGCAUGAGCUGGCCCCACAUGGAGUUCCCAGAGCAGGUGCCAGCCACUCCUUUCGAUGUGAGCUCUGGGAGUCACCGUCUGGAAUGCCCCACCACUCCCUUGUUGGAUGAUUUUGACGGCCUGCCAGAGAGUCCCAUCUUCAUGAAGUCCACAGUGUUCAGCUACGGGUCGUCACCGGUCAGCUCAGAGGUGGACGAGAAUGGGAACUGUGAGUGCAUGGUCGAAUGAAACAGCAAGGACUCUUAACAAACACGGACUCUGACUCCAGUUUAAAUCACCGUCUGCGUUUUCAGAUGCACUUGUAGAUGCACUCACAGGGGAGAACCUGCGGGCGCUGGGCUCUGCCAGCGAGAGAAGGACCAGGAGGUGGUAGCGUGUGCCUCCAUGAAGGCCUGGAUCCACCACUGACUCCCACCGCAAGAUGGCUGAAAUUUCUAGAGUUACGUCAAGCCAAUCAGUAAUCACGGGGACGCGCGAAUGAAAACGUGUACUGAGCCGAAGGAACCCGGCUCGGGUUUGUGUACGAGGGGAGCCGACUUUACGUUGUGUAGUUGCUGAUUUUUACAAAUUCUGUUGUUCAGAUUGCCACUUCUUUUCUGUUCUCCUGAGGUACUGUUGAUUAUCUUUUGCCUUAACUGACAGGGCUACACAGGUAUUCCACUGCUUCGUGCCAGGCUAGGCACUUGUGUUAAAAGGUGCCAGAUGAUUGUGACUGUAUGGGGUAACUGGUGAACCGUACCCUUUUACCUGGCUGAACUCUGAGCAAGCACUGAGUGCACACCCCUUCCUCCAUCACUCAGUUGCUGUUUCUGCCAUUUGAAGGACAAUGCUAGUCUAAGAAUCCCAAAGAGCGUCUGGUCAUUCCAGAUAUCCUGAACAAUUCCCCACUGGGGAGAUGCUGCCAAACUUUGCAUUUUCACUCCAGUAUUGACCUUGGGCUUAUUGCUCUGAUCUGUUUCUUCACCCUACCUUGUACCAUCAUCGGCAGCGUUCUGCCAAUCGAAAGGGGCAUUACUUGGUUCCUGUUUUUAGGCAGAAGUUUGACUUUAGUAGCUUCCUGUUUGAUGAUCAGUAACUGCUGACCUACUAAAACAGUGAACUUUUUCCUACUGUUUGUUUUUUUUUUUAGUUUUGGGUUUUAAACAUGCAAGAAACAUUUCAAAACACUCCACUGCUGUUUGUAUAACAUUUCCAGUUUUAUAGAACUUUGUACUGAGGAUGUGAAUCAUGUGUGUUUUUUUUUCCCCCCCAAGUUAUCUCGUGAGAUCUUCUGCCUAUCUAAGCUCAUUGGGAAAUGUAUCUCUGUCUAAAGUGUUAUUUUGAUAAGGACUGUAUUUAAAUGUUUUGAGAUUUUUUUUCUAAAAUUCUACAAUCGUGCAAUCCGCUGAAAGUUGUGUAUUUUUCUAAGCUAAGUAUUUUAUUUUGUAAAAGUGUGUGGGUCAAUUUUUUGAAUAAAGUUUUUUGAAGUAUUUUA